AGCUGAAAAUCAGAAGUAAUCAUUGACAGACAGACAGCAGGGAAAGAAGACUGUGACACAGCCAACAAGAGCAGCAGCCUGGCUCUGAAGAGGCAUUAUGUGCUUCAAACAGGCAGAAAGGCAUGAAUCAGGUCACAGUUCAAUGGGAUGCGGUACUAGCUCUUUACCUACUCUUCAACUGGUGUCAUGGAGGAAUUACAAAUAUAAACUGCUCUGGCCACAUCUGGGUAGAACCAGCCACAAUUUUUAAGAUGGGUACAAAUAUUUCUAUAUAUUGCCAAGCAGCAAUUAAGAACUGUCAACCAAGGAAACUUUAUUUUUAUAAGAAUGGCAUCAAAGAAAUAUUUCAAGUGACAAGGAUAAAUAAAACAACAGCUCGACUUUGGUAUAAAAACUUUCUGGAACCACACGCCUCUAUCUACUGCACGGCUGAAUGCCCUGGAUUUUUUCAAGAGACACUGAUAUGUGGAAAAGACAUUUCUUCUGGAUAUCCACCAGAUGUUCCUGCCAAUGUAACUUGUGUCAUUUAUGAAUAUUCAGGCAACAUGAGUUGUACCUGGAAUAUCGGGAAGCUCACCUACAUAGACACAAAAUAUACGGUGCACGUGAAGAGUUUAGAGACCAAAGAAGAACAACAAUAUCUCACUUCAAACUAUAUUAAUAUCUCCAUUGACUCAUUACAAGGCGGCAAGAAGUAUGUGGUUUGGGUUCAAGCCGCAAAUGUGCUCGGCAUGGAGGAGUCAGAACAGCUGCAAAUUCACCUGGACGAUAUAGUGAUACCUUCUGCAUCCAUCAUUUCCAGGGCUGAAAAUAUAAAUACCACCGUGCCCAAGACGAUAAUUCAUUGGAAUAGUCAAACGACCAUUGAAAAGGUUUCCUGUGAAAUGAGAUACAAGGUUGCAACGAACGAGACUUGGAAUGUUAAAGAAUUUGACACCAAUUUCACAUAUAUGCAGCGAUCGGAAUUCCACUUGGAGCCAAACACUGAGUAUGUAUUUCAAGUGAGAUGUCAAGAAACAGGUAAAAGGUACUGGCAGUUGUGGAGUUCGCCCUUUUUCCAUACGACACCCAAAACAGUUCCCCAGGUCACACCAAAAUCAUCCCAACAUGAGACUCAGAAUUCUGGGCUUCUAAUUACUUCCAUCUUUAAAGGACAACUUACCACUGAUAAUAAGCAACAAGACAUUGGACUUUUAUCAGGAAUGGUCUUCUUUACCGUUAUGUUGUCCAUUCUUUCUUUGAUUGGGAUAUUUAACAGAUCACUCCGAACUAGAAUUAAAAGAAGAAUCUUAUUGCUAAUACCAAAAUGGCUUCAUGAAGAUAUUCCCAAUAUAGAAAACAGUAAUGUGGUGAAAAUGUUACAGGAAAAAAGUGAAUUUAUGAACAAUAAUUCCAGUGAACAGAUCCUAUAUGAUGAUCCCGUGAUUACAGAGAUAAGAGAAAUUUUUCUCCCAGAAGAACAUAAGCCCACAGACUACAAGAAAGGAAAUAAUGCUGGACUCCAGGAGACACGAGACUGCCUGCAAGAGUCACUGCUCACCAAUACUACAGUUGUGUACAUCCCUGAUCCCAACACCGGAUAUAAACCCCAAAUUUCAAACUUUCUUCCCAGGGGAAAUUCUGUUAGUAAUAAUGAUGACACAGAUUCUUCAACUCUUAAGCCACCAGUUGAUUUCUUAGAUCUAGGAAAGAAUACCAUAUUUAAAAAAUAUCCAAAUUUUCCUUUUUCUAUCUCAAGUAUGAAUUCUCUAGGCAACGCACUAUUUCUGGAAGAAUUAAGCCUCAUUUUAAAUCAAGGAGAAUGCAGUCCUCAUGACAUGCAAAACUCAAUAGAGAGGGAAACCGCCAUGCUUUUGGAAAACAGUUCAUCCAAUGAAACUAUUCCAGAACAGACCCUACUGCCUGAUGAAUUCGUCUCCUGUUUAGGGAUCAUGAAUGAGGAGUUGCCAUCUAUUAAUCCUUAUUUUCCACAAAAUAUUUUGGAGGAACAUUUCAAUAGGAUUUCACUCUUGGAAAAAUAGAGUUUUAUGGUCAAAAUCAAUAUGGAAAAUUUGCCUUGUGAUCUGAAGUUGGAUCUUCCCUUCAAUAUAAAUUUGAUUCUGCCCUCUUUUUUAACAAUUAGA